GCUCUGGGAGUGUUUCCCAUUUAAACAAACACGGUCCAGCCGAAGAUGGCGGAGAGUUUGUAGAGACGUAAAGAAACUGCUGUCCCAGUGAACGCGCCCGGGCCGGUGAUGUCCAGACAUUGGGAAUGAAUGGAGCUGGACAGGGGGUUGUACUGGCCAAGGUCCUGAUAUGUACUCGAGAUGAGUGGAGUUUCUGACAACUCUUUGGAGCCACUGGGCUCUGACCGCAAACGAAGACAUUCCACCUGUGACCCACAGGGGCCAGGGUGUGACAAGCGUCGGAGGGAACAGGAGAGCAAGUACAUAGAAGAACUGGCUGAGCUCAUUUCUGCAAACCUCUCGAACAUCGACAGCUUCAACGUCAAACCUGACAAAUGUGCCAUCCUCAAGGAAACUGUGAGGCAGAUAAGACAAAUCAAAGAGCAAGGAAAAAGCUCCUGUAGUGAUGAUGAUGUCCAGAAAGCAGAUGUUUCUUCUACUGGUCAAGGGGUCAUUGACAAGGACCAUCUGGGCCCAUUACUUUUACAGGCAUUGGAUGGCUUUCUGUUUGUGGUAAAUCGAGAAGGCAGCAUUGUAUUUGUAUCAGAUAAUGUGACGCAGUAUCUACAGUACAAGCAAGAGGAGCUAAUAAACACUAGUGUUUACAAUAUAAUCCAUGAAGAUGACCGGGAAGAGUUUCACAAGAACCUCCCUAAAGCCAGUGGGCCAAAUGGGGCGCCAUGGAGCGGAGAGACACUUCGACAAAGAAGUCACACUUUUAACUGCCGCAUGCUCCUGAACUGGCCUCAAGAAGAAAGACCUGGGGCCCAACAUUAUGAAACUAUGCAGUGUUUUGCUCUCACUCAACCACGAGCCAUGAUGGAGGAAGGAGAAGAUUUUCAUUCAUGUAUGAUUUGUGUGGCAAGGCGGAUUACUGCUGUUGAGAGGACGGAGAGAUUUAGUACUCGUCAUGAACUGUCUGGCAAGUUAAUUGAGAUAGAACAGCAGGCAACACUUCACACAACAAUGCGGCCCGGCUGGGAGGACUUGGUGAGACGCUGCAUGCAGAUGUUUCUACAUCGCAGUGAGGGCCAACCUUGGUCCUACAAACGGCAUUAUAAAGAUGCUUUGCUUAAUGGCCACGCAGAGACACCACUGUACCGUUUUUCACUCUCUGAUGGCACCCCAGUCACAGCCCAAACCAGGAGUGACCUCUGUCGGAAUCCAAAUUCCAAUGAACCACCCACUUUUCUUUCCACACACUUGCUGCAAAGAGAGCCAAGUGGUUAUCGGGGACAUCCAGGUGGGGCCAUGAGGCCUUCAAACAUUGGUGUGAAUAAUCAGAAUCAACAAAUGGGUGCAGGGAUGAACAGGGGGUAUGGUAUGACAGAGCACAGAGGACUGCCCCCAUACUCAGCGGGCAACCACAUGAAUCUCAUGAAUCAAAUGAACAACAUGGGCCAAAUGAAUUCUAUGCAUCAGAUGAACACGCCCAUGAACUCUAUCAACCAAAUGGGGCACCACGGCAUGCAUCAACAAAUGGGCCCAUUUCACAGUGGCAGUGCAGGUCCUGGUGGCGGAGGAUAUGGAAUGGGAAUGACCAGGCCCCCUCAGGCCAGUACAGCGAUGAAUGGUCCUCACAAUGUCAUGGGGUCGCCUGGAGUCCGAGGAAGCCCAAAAAUGGGAGCUAGUCCUUUUUCUCCAAGUGGUAUGAACUCCCCUAUGCAUCCAGCUAGUUCAGGGGCCACAUUCUCCAGUAGUUCUCUAAAUGCUCUCCAAGCCAUAAGUGAGGGUGUGGGCAACCCGAUGUCCUCUUCCCUCACAUCUCCCCCUCCACAUAAACCGGACAGUUCACCGAGUAUUAACUCAACCAACCAGGCAUCUGGUGGCUCCUGUAAGCCUGGUCCGUUUCCCCACUCUGAUUCGAAGAGCCCAAAUCGUUCUCUGGGUCCGAGUGCAGAGCAGUCACAGCAACACACCCCCACAGGUGAUGGUCCUGCAGAUAAACCAGACAGCCAAGCCCAGCCUGGGGGAGACGCUCUCCGACGGGUCUCUGACAGCAAGUGUCACCAGAAGCUUCUGAAGCUCCUCACAUCGCCCACUGAUGAGCUGGUGCCUCUGGGUCAGACCCUGGGCUCUGGACCCACCUCCACAGCUGAUAAUAAAGACGGGACAGGCGGCGUUACCAGUCCCUCAUCCUCAACAGGAGUGUCUUCCUCUACUGGGGCUGUGUCUUCCACUGUUGGUGCAGGGCAUUUGUCAAGUCAGUCACUGCAGGAGAAACACAAGAUACUGCACAAGCUUCUACAAGAUGGUAACACCCCAGACGAAGUGGCACGGAUCACAGCAGAGGCUACAGGGAAGAGCAGCUUAGACACUGGAGGAUCUGAGAUUGGCCCCCCAGCAGCUAUUUGUGGAGCAGAGUCCAAAACGGAACAGCUCAGUCCUAAGAAGGAAAAGUCCCAUGCGCUCCUGCACUAUCUUCUCAAUAACAAUAAGGAUGAGUCCGACAGUGGGGACAUCAAACCAAAGCUGGAAGAGCUAGAAGGAAGGGGCCCAAAGGCGCCGGGUGUUGCCAAUUCUGAAUCGUGCUCCCUCAGCAGCAAGGUGAAGUUGGAGCCAUCAGAUGAGUCGGAGACUCUUGAAACAAUUCUUGGAGUUCCUCGAACUAAUUCUGGCUUCUUCUCUGAGCCUGACUCAAGAACAGGAAAAGACGCUGGAAGUCAACAAGGAAACAGGGCUGAUGAUUUACAUGAUGGUGAGCGAGCGUCCAUGCCUCCAGCCCAGCGCUCUGCCUAUCAAAGGGCUUUAUCUGUUGAUGCUAAGCCCAUAGGUGGAGAUGUUUCUGUUGGUGGAAUAGCUGGCAGAAGAAAUGUCCCGUGUCCCACUCUUUUGAAUCAGGACUCUAUGGACUCUCCACUUCGACCUGCAGGAAUGCCUAACGGCUUUCCAGGAAAUAUGAGUCUACGUCCACCACAAAGCAAUCCAAGAGGUGUGGGGAGAGGGAUGGGAAUGGCACCGCGAUCUAGAGUGACUGGACCAGGAGACUGGGGUAUGUCAAGAUCCACUGCAAAUCCUACUAGUGGGUCGGUUCACACUGGCAUGGGUCGUUCCGGCCCAAUGGGAGGCCCAAUGAUUAAUCGUUCACACAGUGUGCCCGGAGCCACAAGAUCUAUGCUUCAGCAGCAGCUCAUGGAGAUUGGUCCCAAUGAAUCCAAUUUGGGUAUGAAUCUGUUUGGUAGCCACACACCACAGUCUCCAUCAUGGCCCGAUUCUUCAAUGGGAAUGGAUCGACCACAGAGUCGUACAAACAGAGACCAGUUUGGUCUUACUUUAGAUGAGCUGCUUGGACCCUUGGCUGGAAGUGAUGGUCCGAAUGAUGAACGAGCUCUUUUGGACCAGCUGGACUCCCUGCUCAACACGGCUGAUGUUAUGGCUCUGCAAGAGAUAGAUCGAGCUUUGGGGAUCCCUGAAAUAGUGGGCCAGUCUCACGGCGCUGAGGGGCCCCAGCAAGGCCAAGAUCAAAGCCAGGCUCAGUGCCCACCAUCGGAGCCUUUCGUCGCACCAGACUCUUCCAUGGGAAUGGACCAAAAAGCUGUGUACAACCAGGGCUACCCUGGACCCCCUGGACCAUCCUCCAUGAGCAUGCAGCCGGACUACAGGCCCAAUACAAUGCAGGGCCAGUCACCUGGAGGCUUCAACCCAAUGGUGAAUCAAAUGAACCACACAGGAGGCUUUUCAGGCAUGAGCGGGAUGGGUAAUGUGGGAAACCCUCGGCUAAACAUGAUGAGACCCCGCAUGAUGAAUGCCACCAAACCCCUGAGAUUUCACCUGCAACAAAGGCUGCAAGGACAGCAGUUUAUGAACCAGGUUAGACAAGGCGUGAAGAUGGACAGUGCUCCUGGAGGGCCGACUGCUUUGCGCCCAGGUAUGCAAUCUGGUAUGGCACCUGGAGGCAUGGGCAAUCAGUCUGGAUUUCUAAAUGCUCAAAUGAUGGCCCAGCGCAGCAGAGAGAUGAUGACCCUGCAGAUGAAGAGACAGAGGAUGAUGAUGUUAAUUCAACAGCAACAGCAGCAGCAGCAACAGCAGCAAAGCCAGGGGCCAGCAGGGGGCUUUAGUCCACCGCCAAAUGUCACCGCACCGGCAGGGAUGGACAACCCCAUGGGAGGCCCACCCAUAAACCAGCCAGGGCAGCAGGGCUUCAACUAUGGAGGCAACUAUGGUAUGAAUCAACAACAAGACCCAUCAUUUAUGGCUCCAGGAAGUGGCUCGACAGGAAACCUAAUGCAAGGGCGAAUGUCUGGCCCUGCACAAAACAACAUGAUGGUUGGAAUGCAAGGAAACCCCCAGGGUGGACCCAUGUACCCUUCUGUCGACAUGAAGAGCUGGCAACAAGGUGGCAUGCCGCGGAACAACUCAUACCCACAGCAGCAGUUCCCACAACCAAGUAAUCAGGGCCAGUUUGGACCCAUGAUGAUGAACAACAACUCCAUGGGUGGACCUGGUCCCGUUGGUGGAGCUGCUGGGGGGCAAAUGGGCCAGAUGCAGGGCCAAAUGCCGGGCCAAAUGCAGGGUCAGAUGGGCAUGAACCCAAUGGCGAUGGCUAGAAUGCCAAUGGGACCUGAGCAGAAAUACUGUUGAGGGCCUUUGAUGACGGAAAAUGACCUACAGCCAGAUAUCGUGGAGCUCAACAAGUUGUCCAGAGAAUGCUUGUUGAAUGUGUAUUGAUAUUCUCAGCCAUAUGUGCAGUAAUCAUGUUAAUAUUGAGUUCCAAUGCACAAUUAGACUUCAGAUUUGGACAAUGGUACAUGUGGCUGUGGCUGCACUUUAAUUACAGGCUUCAGAUCAGAGCUCGGGAUCAAACGUCAAAAAAACAAGUUCUUAGAAACAUUUGCCAUGUUUUAGCAGCAGUGCAAAUCGUACAUAGAGAUGCACUCACCAAAACAAUAAUAAAAAAUGGUAAACCAGAGCCGUGGAACAACCCAAUAAGCUGCUGGGACAGUCUAUACUUUCAAAAUACUUUUAAAUGAACUGAACUUUUUAAAUUUAAUAUUUAAAUUAAAAAACUUAAUAUCACCAUGACGACACAAUCCCGAGCUCUAAAGACAAAAGGAUUGUUACAGUAUUUUCUUUUUAAGACGGCCUUACUUGAGAUUCAACGCCUUUGCAAAAAUAGGUUCUCUUUAUUCUCCCUUUUGGUUUUGAUGGUUCUUAAAUGUCAUUUGAUGCUAUAAGCACACCGUCUAUGGCUUUAAGCAGAAUGGAGUAAUAACUCUUGCCUCUAUGAUUUAGAUUUAAUGGAGCCUUGUUUAAAGCAAACUAAUGGUACUGCAGUAUUAAAUGUUAAAUUGUUUCAGUGAAUAUACUUGUAAAUAUUCUACAGAAUAUAUCAUACAUUCUUUUUAAAACCCAUUAUUGCACAUGUAUGAGACCUGGAUGUAUUUGUCUCUCAUAGGUCAUUCUUUUAUGGUUUUAUUUGUUAUGUCUUUGCAGUUAUUGCAAGUGUGUCUGGGAUUUUUUAUUAUUGUUUGACAAUUUUCUGAAUGCUGUAUUUUUAUUAUUUUGCAUAAUGUCAUGUAUUACAUGUUUAGAAAGGCACUUUUACUCUUAUUGAGUAUCUGAUAAGUUAAAGUUUUGAUCUUUUACACCAUCUGACAGUUAAUGUAUUUGUUUCAAUGUGGUGGAAAGAGCUGACUCCAUCUGUGUGUUUUUGUGUGUUAUAUUAUGUCCUUAGUUCACCAACAGGCCUUGAACAUAUUUUUGUCCUAUAUUCAUCUGGUUUGUCUGUUGCUAUUGAUUGUUUUGAUAUAACUGUUUGCUCAGAACAGUUUCAGGUCUGACUCUAUCUUUCAACAUGCUCAAUCCAAAGAUCUUUUUCCACAUCUUUGUACAGCUUCUGGGCUCUGGUGUACAUUUUUAUUUUACAAAUAUGUGUAUCGAGGAUGGUCUCAUGCCAUAUUUGCAGUGGUAUUAGUUUGGUUUGAAAUGGGCAUUGAAAAGCCACAAAUACAACUAAAUGGAAUGAAUAUACGUGGAAUAUAAUUAACAGAAUGCUUUGUUUGUUUUUUGGAGGAGACAUAAGCUGUUGUUUUACUAGAUGUAUAUUACAGAUUUCCUUGUUGAUAAUGGUGUAAAUACAAAUUUCUAUUUAAAUACUACCUUAGCUAUUGUGAUUUUUGUCUUUGAUUUUAGGUUAUAAAUAAUUGAGAUGAAAAUAGAAGCAAUGCCUUUGUGAUAAAUAAUAAUAAUCUAUUUAAACAUUUAGUCAACUGUCAAUACAGAGAAACAUCACCUCUUGUGACCAGCA